AUGCAUCUUCCAUGGCGCCAGAAGCAGCGGUCAUCGGAAGAGUGCACAUCGUCCCUACCUUCUGAACAGCGCGGACUUAGAGACCGCUGGUCUGCUACGAAAGACACUUUGAAGACCCAUGUGGCUACCGCGCAAGAUUACACGAAAGAUACUCUUCAAGAGUACAACGCCAAUAUCAAAAACCGCCUCAGAGCCAAAGCGUAUGAGCUCGGGUCACGGCCCGCUGCAUAUAUUGUUUUAUCUGGCUUCUUCCUUGGCUCUGUUUCGACGCUUGGUGUAACAUUCGUGUACAGACGGUAUUUUAGGCGUUUGAGGACAGCUGAGUGGGUUACGCCUGAUAUACUUCGGCGGAAGAGAUGGGUGAGGGGUGUCGUGACGAGUGUAGGGGAUGCAGAUAACUUUAGGCUGUAUCAUACCCCUGGCAUUGGGUGGAGGUGGCCACUGAAAUUCAGGAGAGUACCAACUUUGAGCAAAGGUCCGAUUGUGUCCCCCACCUCCUCACGGAAUAUGUGCUCACUUGAAUCAAUCAAUAAGAGCUCAAAGAGCAAACGAUCCACUGUUCGUAUUGCAGGUGUUGAUGCGCCCGAGGGAUCACAUUUUGGUCGCCAAGCCCAGCCAUACGCUGUAGAAGCUCUCGCGUGGUUGAAGGAUGCGAUCGAGGGCAGGAUAGUCUACUGCCAACUCGUUCGACGUGACCAAUAUUCUCGUAUUGUAUCUGUGGUCACUCUUCCGCCACCGUUCCUCCCAGGCUGGCUUAUUACAGGCCGGAGUCUCGCACUUGAAAUGAUCCGGGCCGGCACGGGCCUGACCUAUGAACAAGCAGGUGCCGAGUACGGGAAGUAUGGAAAGGAUGCGUUUUUGAGAGCUGAGGCUGAGUCGCGAGUUGCGCGCAGAGGCAUGUGGAAACAUGGUACAGUGGGAGAAACCCCCGCGCAGUACAAACGGCGUUACGCGCAGAGUGGGACGGACGUCGAGGCUCAGGUCCAAGGUACGGCGAAGGCAGAGAAAGAGAACUCGAAGGAGGAUUGUGUAGCAGCGACUACAGCUAGCGGUGUGAAUAAUCGUCCCACCUUCAUUCCCGGACCGGCGUAUAUGAUCUUUUGUCCUACUUCCAUCUUCACCAUCAUGAAACUCACGUCUACCCUUGUGCUUUCAUUCAUUGCCAGUGCGCAAGCAGCAACAACAAUUUCUAGCUUGAUACUACCCAGCGGAGUCCCAGCAUCAAGCGGCUUGCCUUUCAGUACCAUCUCUUUUGACACCACAGCUGCUACUUCAGUGCUUUCCUCGCUUUCCUCGCUCUACUCUUCCGAGUCAUCAGUUGUGCAGAGCGUGCUCUCAUCCUACACCACUGACUUACCUACUUCCAUUCUUCCCACCGUAACAUCUCUUCGUCCGGCGGGUCUACGCCGACGACGAGCGCACAAGCUACGACAACCUCUAGUGCUGCAGGACGAACAGAGGCAGGGCUGGGGCUGGGGUUAG